AUGAGCACAAAGUACUCCAUCUGGCCUGUGAUUCUUAUUCCGUAUAAUCUACCACCCUGGCUUUACAUGAAGCAGACAUCUUUCAUCCUAUCCACGCUUAUUCCUAGGCCGAAAAUGCCAGGUAACGACAUAGAUAUUUAUUUGCAGCCUUUGAUAGAUGAGUUGAAGCAAUUAUGGGAUGGCGUUGAAACCUAUGAUGCCAAAGAGGGAAACACUUUCAAGAUGUGUGCGGCACUGAUAUGGACUAUCAGCGACUUUCCAGGAUUGGGAAACCUAUCUGGCUGGAAUACGCAUAGUGGGUUAGCCUGUCCUACGUGUAACUUGGAUGCUAAGCCACAUCGGCUGAAAGACAGUCAAAAAUGGUGUUUCAUGGGCCAUCAAUGCUUUUUAAAUCAGGGACACAAAUACAGACUAGACCGAAAUAGAUUUGACGGGCAGGUCGAAGGUAGAGAUCCGCCAAAGAAGUUAUCCGGAACAGAUGUAUUGAGGCAACAGUCAAAUGUGCACGUUUCAUUUGGGAAGAGUUCAAGUGUGACAUCCAAAAAAAGACGCAAUGGCCAGGAUGUGGAUGAAGAUGACUCGCAUUGGAAGAAGAAGAGUGUUUUCUUUUACCUCUCCGGCAAAUCUAAAGACAAUGUUAAAGCUCGCAGAGAUUUACAAUGCAUGGGUAUAAGGCCUGAAUUAUGGCCGGAAGAAGGUGGUAAAUAUCCUUCUGCAAUAUUUGCGAUGUCGAAUUCACAGAGAGAUGUAUUCCUAAAGACUUUGCAGAAUGUGGUUUUUCCAGAUGGUUACUCUAGCAAUGUUGCUCGUUGUGUUGAUUUGCGACAGUGCAAGUUAUCUGGGUUGAAAAGUCAUGACUGUCAUAUUCUGAUGGAACAAUUACUCCCAAUUUUAGUGAAGAAUGCACUUCCGAUUCCUGUGUCCAAUGUGAUUGCAAAUUUGUCGUCAUUUUUCCGAGAACUUUGUAGGAAAGCCAUAAACCCUAUGCAGCUUGCUGAGCUUCAGAAUCAUGUUGUGCAAAUCUUGUGUCAGAUGGAAAUGAUUUUUCCUCCAUCCUUCUUCACCGUCAUGGUUCACCUCACCGUGCAUCUCGUUGAUGAAGUUACUCUUGGUGGACCAGUACAUUAUAGGUGGAUGUAUCCAAUAGAAAGGUAUUUAGGACGUCUGAAGCAAUAUGUUCGUAAUAGGGCACAACUGGAAGGCUCAAUUGCAGAAGGCUAUUUAUCUGAGGAAAUCCUGACUUUCUGUUCUAGGUAUUUGGAUAAUAUUGAGACUAGAAUCAACCGACCAUGGCGAGUUGAUGAUGAGCCCAUUGACGUUCGUCAUAAUUCAGGGGAAAGUAUGUUCCCAGCUAUUGGAAAGGCAUUAGGGGCUGUAUCGCAUUUCGAACUCAGUCCAAUGGAAAAACAUCAAGCUCAUCGUCAUGUGCUAGUCAACUGUGAUGCCAUGGUUCCGUUCCUUGAGUAA